GAGGUGGACAUCAAGGGCCCCAAGGUGGACAUUGACGUACCAGACGUGGACCUUCAUGGUCCAGAAGGUAAAAUAAAAAUGCCCAAGUUCAAAAUGCCGAAGUUUGGGGUGCCCAGCUUCAAAGGAGAAGGCCCCGAGGUCGAUGUGAACCUCCCUGAAGCUGAUGUUUCCAUUUCUGGUCCAAAGGUUGACGUUAGUGUUCCUGAUGUGGACAUAGAAGGACCGGAAGGAAAUAUAAAGGGCCCUAAAUUUAAGAAACCUGACAUGCAAUUCGGCGUUCCUAAAAUCUCCAUGCCAGACAUUGACCUGAAUUUGAAAGGCCCCAAAGUGAAGGCUGAUGUUGACCCUUCUGUUCCCAAAAUUGAGGCUGAGCUGAAGGGUCCUAAGCUGGACAUCAAAGGGCCAGAAUUUGAGGCUGAGGCACCAAAGCUUGAUAUAGAAGGAAAGACCAAAAAGUCCAGGUUUAAGCUGCCCAAAUUCGGCUUUUCUGGGCCUAAAGUGCAAAGCCCUGAGGUGGAUGUAAAGCUUAAAAAGCCAGACGUUGAAAUAUCUGGUCCUAAAGUUGACGUUCAAGCUCCUGAUGUUGAUGUGCAGGCAAAAUCAAAAGGCUCGAAGUUUAAAAUGCCUUUCCUGAGUAUUUCCUCACCUAAAGUUUCGAUGCCAGAUGUGGAGCUAAAUCUGAAAGGGCACAAACUGAAAGGAGAGCUAGAUCUCACCAGCCCCAAGCUGGAAGGGGACCUGAAAGGCCCCGAGGUGGACAUCAAGGGCCCCAAAGUCAACAUCGAGGCGCCCGAUGUGGACAUUCACGGUCCUGAAGGUAAACUCAAAAUGCCCAAAUUCAAAAUGCCCAAGUUUGGAGUGCCCGGGGUUAAGGCUGAGGGGCCAGAAGUGGACGUUAGCAUUCCCAAGGGAGACCUCGAUGUUUCGGGUCCCAAGGUGGACAUUGAAGGUCCAGAGCUGGACAUUGAAGGGCCGGAGGGGAAGCUGAAGGGCCCCCAUUUCAAGAUGCCCGAAAUGCACAUCAAGACCCCUAAAAUCUCCAUGCCUGACAUCGAUCUGAACCUAAAAGGCCCCAAAGUGAAGGGAGAUGUGGACGUGUCCCUUCCCCAGGGAGAUCUGAAGGGACCCGAGUUACAUUUGAAAGGUCCAAAAGUGGACGUGGAGGUUCCUGACGUUGACGUUGAAGGUCCCAAAGGAAAGUUGAAAGGCCCCAAAUUUAAAAUGCCAGAAAUGAACAUCAAAGCUCCCAAUAUUUCCAUGCCGGACUUUGAUUUGAAUUUGAAAGGUCCCAAGAUGAAGGGAGGCGUGGAUGUCGAUCUUUCAAUGCCAAAACUGGAAGGGGACUUGAGCGGGCCAGAAGUUGAUAUCAAAGGGCCAAAGGUUGACAUCAGUGCACCCGAGCUAGAGGUAGAAGGACCAGAUGGAAAAUGGAAAGGUCCCAAGUUUAAGAUGCCCGAGAUGCACAUAAAGGCUCCCAAAAUUUCCAUGCCUGAUACGAGCCUGAACCUCAAAGGUCCCAAGCUGAAAGGAGACAUAGAUGUUUCCGCUCCAAAGCUAGAAGGAGAUUUUAAGGCUCCUGAUGUCAACGUUGAAGGUCCCAAAGUGGACAUUGACAUGCCAGAUGUGGACAUUCAUGGCCCAGAGGGAAAACUCAAGAUGCCCAAGUUCAAAAUGCCCAAGUUUGGCAUGCCGGGC